CGGGAUGUCGUUCACUGUUGCUGCUUCUCGUCUCCCGUUCAUCUUCGGUCUUUUCCACCCCCUUUUUGGCACGCGUUCUCCAGUCGCUAUCCCACCUGUUCCCCCUUUCUUCUCAAGCACCCUAUCGUUUGGCAUACCCGUCCACUCUGCAGCUUGUCCGUGCGCGCUCGCGGUAGAUUCACGUGGAGCGGUGCCGGUCGCCAGUUUGUCUUUUUUCACCCAUCCUUUUGUUCACAGCUGUUGUCCGACUUGUCACUCUUAUCAGCCAAUUUCCUCGUCCGGUUCCGAUAGUUGACGUAUCCGUCAACCCUACUCUGCCUCUCUCGGCCAGUAACUCGGCGGCAAAACGCAAGGCUCGUCGCCGUCACCUUGCCAGCCUGGGUUCGCCGGAUUUUUGUCUCCUGUUUGUAUUUUUACUUUCGUCUCUUGGAAGUAUCGCUGUGUGCCGUAACACUUCACGCUUUGCGACGCGCACCGCUGGUUGAUCAGAUUCUUCCCUCUUCCGCCGGUGAAGGUUCUGUCCGGGACCGGCCGAUAUAGAUGGACUGCGUGGCAAAUCUUUCGUUCCACUGCGGUGUAUGUACACGUCCUUCGUUACCCCAGGUGCACGCACAUCUCGGCAGCUGUGUUGUAGGCGUUUUGUCUGCGUUUGCUAGGUGUAAGAAGCUGCUUUGCCCCUUCCGCCCUUCCAAGCAGCUUCGUCGCAGUUUAUUGCCAAGUGUGCUUUCGUUGUCCCGCGGAUGUGUGUGUAAAAACUCACCCGUCUAAUUCUUCGGUUGCUCCCAUUUGGCGUAGGAGAGGCUCGGUGUCCAGCAGCGGCUUUUUGACGCGCCGGAGUGGACUUUCCUCCGCUACCAUGUCCAUUAUCAACGCAGGCGUCUUACACGUGUGUGCAGACAAGCGAAUUCUGCGUUACAUUCACCGGGUCUCCAGGUUUUUUCCACACGCUUUCUGCACCCGUCCAUUCUGCCCAGUCUUUGCGGUUAAAGGGAAGGCCGACUUUCGGCACUAGAUCGAGGCGGCAGUCGUCACAAGACGACCACCUUUUCCCGUUCUUUGGCAUCUGGUUUUGGCCCCGUUGUUCCUUCCGCUUGUGCCUCUGGCGGAUGAAAUCCGUCUUGCGGUUCGGUGCCUUUCGCCGAUCUUGCAGCGGUCCGGGGGAUGUGUUCGUUUUCGCUGUGUCUCCUCCACGAGAGGAAACGGAGUCACGAGCCUCGUCCCUCAGUGCUGGACCCGCGGAGAGAAGUUUCGGUGUCCCUUUCGCGAAACUGAUCUGUGAUGCGGGCCAUACGCCUUCUGUCGACUGCCGUUGUUGGGUGGAUCUCCCCCGAUCAUUUUUGCGUAAAACAGGCUUCCUUCUGUCGUGAUACAAUCUCAUGUGAACUUGACACAAAGAGAAACGGCUUGUUUUUUUUUGCCUGUUCAUUUCCGCGUCUCUACUCUGACUGCAUCGCUCGUCUUUGUCCAUCCAUCUGCUCUCACACUUCUAGCGCCACUUUGACUCUUUUCUAGAACGGCGCCUCCCCCCCCCCCCCCGCAAGCAAAAUGAUGAAGCGAUUGUACACGACCAGGUUUCGGCAGAAAUCCGACAGAGGGGAAGGCGACGGAGUGGGGCAGCUCGAGCGAGUCGAAUCCCUACUUGUAAAACACGAGCAAAGCCGAGAUGGAGCAGAGGCGGACGACCGGUUGCUCGGGGAGGGCUCUUCUCCCAUCUUCAACUUUGACUACUACCAAGACGCAAGACGGCAGGUGUACAACGAGUCUCUUCUGUUCAGAAACACGGCCUUCUAUGCAACCAAAGUCCACCUGGAACAGCGUUUCGACGAGCACCACUUGUUGCGAAUGCACCUGGAGGCUCUGGAGCGUUCAGAGCGUAACGGACCCGUGUUGAUGCCAGACGAGUUUCUCUUUCUGGAGUCGGGAGAGAGUCCUGGGUUCGUCGCGGCGGCGGGGAGCGCGCACGGCCCCGUCUCCCAGCUGUUGGGCUCCACAGUCUCGCCGGGUCCGCUGGGGUCUGGGCUCCAGCGGACGUGGUCUGACGGCGGCGGGCAGGCCUUCCCGGCGCAUGCCAGCGGAAUGGGAGGCUCUCUGGGGAGUGGGGGGACCGUCGCAGGGUCCCUCCAGCCGGGGGCGUUUCCGGGGAGCGCGCCGGCGUCCCGAGUGGCGUCGCUCGGGACAGCAGGCGCUGUCGCAGAUCGAGCCAAUGAAAAGGCGGGGGUCGGUGGGCUGCCGGGAGCGGAGACAGCGCAGAUCUGCUACGUGGGCGGCGAGCCGCAUGCGCUGGACUGGCGUGCGUGGGUUCAGCGCCAGAGACAGCGCGGCUGGUUCACGAACGAGGCUCUGUUCUACAUGACUGUUCUGGGCGGGAUCGUUGGCGGACAGAACUUCACGCUCUUCUGGGGCCAACUGCAAAUCUGGAAAAGCAGCAUGUUCUUCCUCCCUUUCGCCGUCUUCAUUUUCCUCGUCGGUCUACCCACCAUCCAGAUGGAGAUUCUGAUGGGAAAUCUGUUCCGAGGCGCGUCCAUCAAACAGUUUUCUCAGAUCAGCCACAAGUUUGUGGGCGCCGGUAUUCUUUGUUUCUUCAGUUGCCUCCUUCGUGUUGUUCUCAUCGCCAAUCGCAGUGCCCAGUUGCUGGUGUACUUUGUUGCGAGUGUAAAGACGCCUCAUCCGUGGGAACUGACUGCGCAAGAUCUGCAUGACUGUCUGAUCUUGAGUGGUCACAAGUUUCAGUGUGAGGCAACCAUGCACGGCGCCCUUUGUCACUACAUCGACGACGAAGAUGUGUGUAUGGCGUCUCCUACUGGAAAGGCAACUUACUACUACCUCAAGGAGCUGCAACCAUCGGCAGUCGAUCCAAGUAUCAAUCCAGAUAAACUUCAAGGAAAAUAUAUCGCCACGGUGGCCGUCGUCUGGCUGUACAUCCUUGCCUAUAUCUGGCGAGGCCUCUUCAAACUUGGCUUCUUGUCAGCGAUCUUGAUGUUCGUGGCGGGCGUCCUCUGCGUGACGCUCAUGAUGGUUUGCUUCUUGGGCGACUCGGACUCGGGGAGAGACAUCGGGGCGGUGUUCUGGUCGACCUUUGACAUCGGGCAACUUUUUUCCUCGUUCAAGAUGUCCCAUCUCACGAGUGCGGUCAUCCAGUGCAUCUUCGAUGACCUCUCUCUCGGCUACGGAAUCUUCGGCACCGUCGGGAGUUUCACCAAAAUUGGCUACAACGCUGUGCCGAGCGUCGCCUACGCGACCUUCGUCAACUGCACCAUGUCUCUGGUUGCCUUCGCUGCUCUUCUCGCGGCUAUCGGCAGCAUCAAGGCUGAAACGGGCGUUUCUGUCAAUCACUUGGUUUCUAAGACUCGAGGAGCAACGGCGUAUUUCGUCAUUUUCCCGGCGGCCUUCACACGUGUCUCUGUACCGAACGUUUUUGCCAUGUUUCUCUUCGGCGGCAUUUUCGUCCUCAACACCCAAGUCGCCGCUGUCUCAAUCAACAGCAUGAUUAACAUGGUGGCGGAAGCGCGCGUCUGCCCCAAGAGGCACAGGAAGCUGGUCUCCAUAGUUCUCGUCAUCAUCUGUUUUCUUUUCUCAAUCCCCUUCUGCGGCUCAAACCAACAAGUGCGCGUCGACUACUUCAGGUACUUGAUGGUGACGUUUCUGAAUCCCGUGGUGAUUUUGUUGGAGGCCAUUGCUCUUGGAUGGUUUCACAAUUAUCGCCUACAGAUUCGCAUUGCCGGAAAAAAAGCGUAUCUUUGGCACCUGUCAGCGUCUUGGAUUUUCACAGUGGUGUACAUCGCCUUGAUGGUGAUUUUAGCUGGGUCGUGGUCGUCAUCCAUUCUCGUCAUUCCGGUCGUCAACUCGGCUUUGGCGGCGUUGUUCGCCUUCAUCUUCAAGGAACCGCAAGCGGCGCCCGACUUUGCUACUCGCUUUUGGGCGCUUUGGCUGGGGAACAUCGAGACGUUCCGACGGGACGUUUGUCGUGUGACCCUCUUCCCUCCGCGUUCAAUCCGGCCGGCGGACGUUUUUUUGAGUUUUUUGAAGCGACUCUUCUGCUGCUGCUGUAGCACGGGUCCCUUCUUUCUCUGUCGACCCUCCAUGUACUGGUCGUUCUGCAUCAGAUACGUGGUUCCAGGCGCUGCGUUCCUGCCCGUCCUUCAAGGUCUGACAGAGUUCGACAUGCGCUGGAGCAGCAUGGCGCCUUCUGCGAACCUCCGGAACUCGGGCCUCGCCCUCGUCGUCGUCGCAUAUGCUGCUGCGGCUCUCAUUAUCUUCAUUCCCCAGGUCCAUUGGUGGUUGUGUCCUCCAGCUGAGGACUACAUGCCCAUCAAGAUGUUUCCCCAUCACCCGUACAAGCCGCCGCCAGCCACUCCGCUGACGCGCUCGAUUUCCCGGCUCUUCCAAGAGUUUCUCACCUCCUCGACGGAAAUGUCUCCACAUCUCACGGGUCUCGUGGCGGACUGUCGCAUGCAGCACCAGAGACAGACGCAGCUCUUGCGCGAAACCGCUCUCGCUCACCACGGAGACGGCUCCGAAGCCUAUCGCGGCCCUGGCGGGUCUUUACCCGACAUGCGCGUGCGCGGUCGGAGCUACGGCAGCAACGACGGAAGCGACAUCGCUCGCCGGCCGGUUUCUGCGAAACCCUCCAAGUCUUAACUCACGAGGUCGGCUGGAUUCGCCACAUGACUCUCUCCAGACGCAUCUCGAAACAAAAACAAGCGCAACUGGCUUUUUCCGUUCUCUUUCGGAUUGAGAAUUUGCCUUUGUGCUGACGUGCGUUUUUUCGGUCCCCCUUUCUCGUGUUGUAUGUGGUUAUUUGGUGAAGGGGGUGCCGCGUUGGUGCAUGAGGUUAAAGAGAGGCGUUUAGAGAGCUUCGAUUGUGGUUUGGAAAGGCGACUCGCGUCUGCCUCUCUUUUCUCCAGACAGCUUCUCCUCGCUGUCUAUUUGUGGAGGCCCCGUCCGAGAGGUCCCACAAGCUGUGUCGGCUUCGAUGCAGGUAGUCUGCAAACCUUACAAAUCAUCGGCCGCCGUCCGGUUUUACAACGUACAGCCGAUACGUAUUUGUAAGAUGUUUCAGAGACGCACGCGUAGUUUUUUCUGUGUCAAGGUGUUUAGCUGCUUAGGGCGGCAGAGAGUGCUCUAGAUUCAGAGGGAUACAUAAACAGCCGCUCGGGUGUGGCUGUCACCGACACCCGGCAUGCAUGCAUCCAUGCAUCCACCUUUUGGCGUACGCACGAGAACAAGUUGCGUAAAACGUAUUUGUCUCGGCGUGUUCGGAUAUACAGUGGGACACAGGAGGGAGGAUGUGAAUGGAAUGAGCUGUCUGGCAUUAAAAUGCGACAGACCGCGCGUGAGUCACAACAGUUCCUUGCGGGAUCAGCUGCAGCGAAGCCGCCUGCGAGUCUGCCAGAGCUUUUUGCCGUUUUUGCCUUUGCGAAUGGACGCGAGAAUGUCCGUGUUUGCGUAACGCACAGCGACUGGAGACAGUGAAAAGGCAACCGGAUAUCGCGCUGCUGCGGUUCCACAGUCGCCGCAGCGUGAAACGCUUCUCGUCUCUGUUUCAGUCUCCGGUCUCCCGUUUGCUCCAACCUGUAACCUUACUUUUGGCACAGCGGUAGCAUGCAGCGUUGUUUUGAAUUCCUGCAAAGGCUUUCGUUCUUCGCAUUCCCCGGGUUCAUCCCCUCCGUGAAUCACGCUUUGCAGACUCGGCAACGGAAGCUCGGCGCCGAAAGGCCGCCAAGCCGACAGAGUUGGCCAUGGGGAACGAAACCAGACGGAAACGGUUCUAGUGUACGCAGCCAGAAGGAGGCUGUUUUCAUUGUAUAGAUGCAGUGCACGCAUGUACGUGGGGUAUGUCUGUCGAGUUUUCAGACCAUCACGGAAGGCAGCAGGGGCGUUCCUUACAAAUACCAUUCGGCAUCUCUUGUGGACAAUUUAUUUGUAAUGGUUUCGCUGCGCUGGUCAUUCCAGAGGAAUAUAUAAGCGCGGUGUGAUCAACAUAUGACAUUUCACAAAAAUACACUUCCAUGACACCCUUGCCAUGGAGACAAAACUCAUGUGUUCCCACGCCCACAGCUCCCGGCUGUCGCCUGAAAGGUUACAACG